CGACAUUCUGUUCUACACCUGUAAGACUUGCCGUAACCCUGUUCUUAGACCCCCCCGAUCCUCCAUGGCGGUUCCGGAGUGAGGUUUUUUUCAGCCGCUAGCCUCGAGCGAGCUUUUGCCCGGGAUUCUUCACUGGGCGGUGGACAUGGGGUGAUUGCCCCGCGUUUCGUGACUUCAGCGCUCGGUAACUGGUGACUCAGGGACUGCCCCACCAACCCCGCGUGUCUUGGAGGGACUUCAAACUUCCAGGUUCGCAACAAAAAAAUCCCCGCCGACGAGCGGAUUGCGAAUUGACAGUCAUUCUUUCCGGGUUCCAUUUGGCCUCUUAUGAACAUGGCAACCAUCAUUCUGGGUUCCCAAUGGGGGGACGAGGGCAAGGGAAAGCUGAGCGACAUUCUCUGCCAAAGGGCCGAUGUUUGCGCCCGUGCCGCCGGCGGCCAUAACGCGGGUCACUCUGUCGUUGCCAAUGGCGUGUCCUACGACUUCCACCUCCUGCCCUCAGGCCUAGUCAACCCCAACUGCACCAACUUGAUUGGCUCGGGCGUCGUCUUCAAUGUCCAGGCCUUCUUCAAGGAACUCGCCGCGCUCGAAGAGAAGGGGCUCACACAUGCGCGCCGUCAACUGCUUGUCAGCGACCGCGCCCAGGUCAACCUUGAACUGCACGCCCGCGUCGACGGCCUGGAGGAGAGGGAGUUGGCGGGCAACAAGAUCGGCACGACCGGCCGCGGUAUCGGCCCCUCGUACUCGAACAAGGCGGCGCGCAACGGGAUUCGGGUGCACGAGAUCUUCGACCAGGAAGUCUUUGAGGCCAAGCUGCGAAAGCUGGCGGCCGGCUAUAAGAAGCGCUUCGGCGACCUGCUCGAAUAUGACGUCGAGGAGGAGAUAGCACGCUUCCGCGAGUACCGCCGGAAGCUGCCAGAGUUUGUCGUCGAUGCCGUCAGCUACAUGCACGCCGCCCAGAAGCAGGGGCGGAACAUUCUGAUUGAGGGCGCAAAUGCGCUGAUGUUGGAUAUCGAUUACGGCACAUAUCCGUUCGUCACCAGCAGCAACACCGGGCUGGGUGGUGUCAUUACCGGUCUGGCGGUUAACCCGAGGAAGAUCAAGGAAAUUAUUGGCGUUGCCAAGGCGUACACAACUAGAGUUGGCGAGGGCAUCUUCAAGACGGAAGAUAUCGGCGAGGUCGGCCAGAAGCUGCAGCAAAUUGGCCGGGAAUGGGGUGUCUCGACCGGCAGGAAACGGAGAUGCGGCUGGCUUGACCUCGUCGUGCUGAAGUACUCGGCGUCGGUCAAUUACUACACGGCCUGGAACCUGACCAAGUUGGAUGUCCUCGAUACGUUUCCCACCAUCAAGGUCGCAGUCGCUUACAAGGACCCGGAGACUGGCAGUGAACUUGACUAUUUCCCCGCCGACCUUGGCUUCCUCGAGAGGUGUGAGGUUGUCUACAAGGAAUUUGAGGGCUGGCAGUCACCAACAACAGCCGUGAAGAAAUUUGAGGACUUGCCGCCGCAAGCGCAGGCGUACGUGAAGUUUGUGGAGGAGUACACGGGGGUCCCGGUUAAGUGGAUCGGGACAGGCCCGGCUCGUGACGACAUGAUCUACCUUUGAGCAGUUGCUAAAUUUUCGUGGUAUUGACGGUGAAAUGAGCGUGCCGACAUGAUUGCUCAAUGACCAACGUUGAACACUGUUUUGCCUAGGAGAUAGACCCAUUUGAUACCUUGAUUUGGCUGGUCUUCUGCGAGAAGUCAUAGACCGGAUCCCCUUUGAGGCCGUGCCUUACCAUUAGGCGAAGUUCUCAUGGUUUGGCAAGGGAAGGAGGAACAGCAAUGGAUCUUUCGAAUACCGGCAAUAUAGAGAUAAUAGACUAUUUGAUUCC